AUGGCAAGGUCAUUUUCUCAGCAGAAAAUCAGUUCUCCAUCUGAAGGGUAUAGUGUUGAGGAUGUUUUGUAUCCAGAGCUAUGGAAGGCUUGUGCAGGUCCGUUGGUGGAUAUUCCAAAAAUGAGAGAAAGAGUUUACUAUUUUCCACAAGGUCACAUGGAACAAUUGGAAGCAUCAACAAAUCAGGAGUUAAAUGAGAGGACACCAACGUUCAAUCUUCCCUCAAAGAUCCCUUGCCGUGUUAUGAACAUUCAGCUGCUGGCUGAACAAGAAACCGAUGAGGUUUAUGCACAAAUUACUCUGAUGCCAGAAGUAGAUCAAAUCGAGCCAAAAAGUGUAUAUUCACGUGCUCUGGAGCCUCCUAGGCCUACUGUUCACUCGUUCUGCAAGGUUUUGACGGCUUCCGAUACAAGUACUCAUGGUGGAUUUUCUGUCCUUCGUAAGCAUGCAAAUGAAUGCCUUCCACCCUUGGAUAUGACCCAGCAGACACCGACCCAGGAACUCGUGGCCAAGGAUCUGCAUGGGAUUAAAUGGCACUUUAAGCAUAUAUAUAGAGGCAAACCUAGUAGGCACUUGCUUACAACGGGAUGGAGUACUUUUGUCACUUGUAAGAAAUUAGUUGCUGGAGAUUCUUUUGUAUUUUUGAGGGGAGAGAAUGGGGAGUUAUGUGUUGGAGUUAGACAUCAUGUUUGUCAACAGAGCUCCAUGCCAUCGUCAGUGAUUUCAAGUCAGAGCAUGCACCUCGGAGUGCUUGCAACUGCAUCUCAUGCUGUUGCAACCAAGACCCUCUUUGUUGUUUAUUACAAACCGAGAACAAGUCAAUUCAUCGUAGGCCUGGACAAAUAUCUUGAAGCUCUAAACCACAGUUUCGGAGUUGGCAUGAGAUUCAAGAUGCGGUUUGAGGUUGGCGAUUCUCCGGAGAAAAGGUUUUCAGGUACAAUAACAGGAGUCGAAGAUAUUUCUCCUCACUGGGAAGAUUCUAAAUGGCGAUCACUUAAGGUUCAGUGGGAUGAACCUGCAUCCAUUCCAAGACCUGAAAGGGUUUCUCCAUGGGAGAUAGAACCAUUUGUGGCUUCAGUUCCUGCGAACCUGGUCCAACCAUUGUCAGCUAAAAAUAAAAGGCCUAGAUUGCAUGUUCAAAUCCCAGUUCCUGAUACUCCAAGUUCAACUGCAUCAGCUGUGUGGAAUCCGUCCCACGAAUCACAUCAAAUAAUUGGUGCUCUUGAAGAACAAAGGAGUGAACAAAUAGAAACUGGUGCCACUCUCGUUAAAAACAGAAACGACGACACUUGUGGAUCUCGUUUAGAGGGAGACUUGCUAUCUUUUCCCCAUGUAAAUUCGUCUCUGAAUAUGUUUUCUGAAGAAACAGGAGACAGCAAAAGUGCAUCAGCUUGGUCUAUUUUUUCAAACUGUUCAGCCCCAAAUUCUGGAAAACGGAGUAAUAGUCGCUUGUCUUGCCUGAAUGAUGAGAGGAAAUCAGAUACUUCUGCAACUUGCAGAUUAUUUGGAUGCAUCUCUAAUCAACGGCAGCAGUUACAAGUACCAAUAAAGGAGUUUCCUAGCAGACAGUAUCACUCCACUAGAAGUCGCACGAAGGUUCAAAUGCAAGGAGUUGCUGUGGGUCGUGCUGUGGACUUAACUGCAUUAAAGGGGUACGAUGAGCUUAUAAGUGAAAUUGAAGAGAUGUUCGAAAUAAAGGGUGAGCUUUGGCACCGACAUAAUUGGGAGAUUGUUUUUACUGAUGAAGAAGGAGAUAUGAUGCUCAUGCGUGACUAUCCAUGGCUAGAAUUCUGUGAUAAGGUGCAGAGGAUUUUCAUCUAUUCUAGCCAAGAUAGGAAACAAAAACGUUUGUUGAUGACGCUGAGGAUUGGUUCGUCAGUUGUCAACUCGGCUGAUGAGGAAGAUGAUGCUCUGUUCAACGCCAUUGUCGUUAUUGGGAAGGAUGUGCAAAUGAAGGAAAAUGUGGAUAUGGUGAAUCGGUGGAAGUUGGCUAGCGGUGGUGGAUGUUGA